UGGGAAACAAAGAAAAUGAAGUCUGCCAUGGUAAUUUGCUUGCUUGUUUCUCUUAUUCUCAGCUCCUCUUUCUUCGAGGGGUCGAUGUCGGGUUCAGAUUCUUGCGACUCCAAGUGUGGGAUGAGGUGCUCAAAGGCAGGGAUCAAAGACAGGUGCUUGAAAUACUGUGGAAUUUGCUGUGUGAAGUGUCAAUGUGUUCCAUCUGGUACAUUUGGACACAAGGAUGAAUGCCCUUGCUACAGGGACAUGAAGAACUCCAAAGGCGAGCCCAAGUACCCUUAGAUGUAUCUUUUGCCUUUCUAUUCCUAUGCUGGUUAAAUAUGUACAACAAAUUAAAUGAAUAAAUUG